GACGGGGUUCCGCAGGGAUGAGAUGGGGAGGCAGCGGCUGAGGGUCCGCCCGCCGGCCGAGGGAGGCGCCGGGAGCUCGGCCCCAGGGAUCCAGUAAUGGAGGAUUCACGGACAGGAAGCACCGAGCAAACAACACCUCGGGACUUGCCAGAGUCACUCGACCCACCAGCGUCGGAGCAUGAUGGACCUUUGAACGUGGAUGCAGAAAGCCCCGCUCCCAGCGGAGAGAAACAGUUCACGUGUCCCGAGUGUGGGCGCGCCUUCAUCCGUGCCUCUGGACUGACCAGGCACCAGUGCACUCACGCCGGGGAGAAACUGUGGAAAUGCCGCGACUGCGGGAAGGGAUUCUGUUACCCAUCCUGGCUGGAGAUCCAUCGCCGCAGUCACACCAGAGAGAAACCGUUCAUCUGUUCCAUGUGUGGGAAGGGAUUCUGUUGUUUGUCCAACCUUACCACGCACCAGAGAUUUCACACCAGGGAGAGACCGUUCACCUGCUCUGAGUGUGGGAAGGGAUUCACUCAGUCAUCCAGCCUGAUGACGCACCGGCGAGUUCACAGCGGGGAGAGGCCAUUCACCUGCACCGAGUGUGGGAAAGGGUUCACCCUGUCUUCCUACCUGGUGAGGCACCAGCAGGUUCACACCGGGGAGAGGCCGUUCACCUGUUCCGAGUGCGGGAAGGGAUUCACGCUGUCUUCUUGCUUGGUGAGGCACCAACAGGUUCACACUGGAGAGCGGCCGUUCACCUGCACUGAGUGCGGGAAGGGAUUCACUCAGUUAUCCAAUCUUGUGUCACACCAGCGCGUUCACACUGGGGAGAGGCCGUUCACCUGUUCCGUGUGUGGGAAGGGAUUCAGUUAUUCAUCCAAUCUGCGGAAGCACCAGCGUGUCCACAACCUCCAAUCAGGUUGGCCGCCUGGCCCUGUGACAUUGGAAGUGGUCGGGUCCUGCGGUGCUCGGUUGCGCGGAUCGGCGCUGUGCUGGCAUCGCGCCUUUAAUAUCACCGAGGAUGUCGAGUUUCACUCAAGGGUUGGACCUGACUGGAGUGGGAGCCGCCGGUGCGACAGACGGCAAUGUGAGCGAUUAUUGCCCGAGGAAAUCGCGGCUGGCCGCCGGCUGACGGUGGGAGCGGAGCUGCGCCGCCGGGCCGACGGGCCGGGACCCGGGAGCAGCCGCCAGCCGGGGCGGACGGACCGCUGCGAGCUCCGGCAACUCCGCGGGCUGCCGCAUUGCGGAUCGGCCUCGCCCUCCGCCCGCCGCCCGCGUCCGGCCCUUGACCCGCCAGCCCGAUCCACCCAGGUCCCGGGCGAGACCCCGAGGCCGCGGCCAGCGGAGCGGUUUCUGGAGCGCGGGGGAUUCUGGAUGUGGGACGGAUUCACUAUGUCAUCUGACCUGGCGAGACCCCAGGGAGUUCACACAGGGGAGAGGCCUUUCCCGUGCUCCGUGUGUGGGAAAGGAUUCACACAGUCGUAUGACCUGAUGAGACACCAGCGUGUUCACACCGGGGAGAGGCCGUUCACCUGCACCAUGUGCGGGAAGGGAUUCACUCUGUCGUCCAGUCUGGUGACGCAUCAGCAAGUUCAUACCGGGGAGCGGCCGUUCACCUGCUCCGAGUGUGGGAAGGGAUUCACUCGGUCAUCGAGCCUGAUGACACACCAGCGAGUUCACACCGGGGAGAGGCCAUUCACUUGUCUGGAGUGUGGGAAAGGAUUUAGUCAGUCAGCUAAUCUUAAGAGGCACCAGCAAGUUCACAGUGGGGAGAGGCCGUUCACCUGCUCCGAGUGUGGAAAAGGAUUCAUCCUGCCAUCUCACCUGCUGACCCACCAGAGGGUUCACACUGGCGAGCGGCCGUUCACCUGCUCCGAGUGUGGGAAGGGGUUUACUCGUUCUGCCAACCUGUUGGCACACCAGCGAGUUCACACUGGAGAGAGGCCGUUCACCUGCACUGAGUGCGGUAAAGGUUUCACCUGGUCUUCUGACCUCCUGACACACCAGCGAGUUCACACCGGGGAGAGACCGUUCACCUGCACUGAAUGUGGGAAGGGGUUCACCCGGUCGUCUCACCUGCUAAGACACCAACAAAUUCACACUGGGGAGAGGCCCUUCAGCUGCUCUGAGUGCGGGAGAGGAUUCACUCGGUCAUCCAACCUGCUGAGACACCAGCAGGUUCACAAUGGGGAGAAGGAAUGUAUAACGGUCCAAUUUCGUGGAGCCCCUCAAGCUUGUACCACCAUCAUGGACCUUGUUCACUCUCCCCACCUCCAAUUCACAAUCUGCAAAACCACGUCAAGCGCAGCCUCGAUACACUUAGCGAGUGAGCAACCGCCCCCUCUGAGGGAGGCGCUCUGCAGCCGCCGUUCGAGGAGCGCGCAUGCGCAGUCCUCGGGGGCGUCCGCAAUGCAUCCUGGGUCAGGCUGGUGGGACAAAGCGGGUUCAACCCCGGGUCACAGGUGCGGGGGGGACGGACCGGAAUCGGGACCCGGACCAGGAUCAGGAACGGGACGGGAUUGGGACCGGGAUCGGGUUCAGGACCGGGACGGGAGUGGGACCGGGAUCGGGUUCAGGACCGGGACGGGACGGGAUUGGGACCGGGAUCGGGUUCAGGACCGGGACGGGAUUGGGACCGGGAUCCGGAUCGGGAUCAGGACUGGGACGGGACGGGAUUGGGACUGGGAUCAGGAUCCGGACCGGGAUCGGGACCGGGACGGGAUUGGGACCGGGAUCGGGUUCAGGACCGGGGCGGGAUUGGGACCGGGAUCCGGAUCGGGAUCAGGACCGGGACGGGAUUGGGACUGGGAUCAGGAUCCGGACCGGGAUCGGGACAGGGAUCAGGACCGGGACGGGAUUGGGACUGGGAUCAGGAUCCGGACCGGGAUCGGGAUCAGGACCGGGACGGGACGGUCCCGGUGCGGCGGGCCCGCAGCGUUUCUGAAGCUUGCACCGAUUCUCCUCCAGCUGGCGGCUGCUCCUGGGGCCCGGAACCCGGCCUCGGCUGCAAUUCGCUGGUUUACCCCCCACCACCCCCACCCCACGGAUCACAACCCUCUCGCCCCCGCAGCGAUGAACCCGUUUCCUUGUUCUGACUGCGGGAAAAACUUUAAGGGGUCCAGCGAUUUAAUGAAGCACCAGCGGGUCCACACCGGGGAGAGGCCGUUCACCUGCUCCGAGUGCGGGAAGGGGUUCACUGUGUCAUCCAACCUGCUGACCCACCAGCGGAUUCACACUGGGGAGAGACCGUUACACUGCUCCGAGUGCGGCAUGGGAUUCAGUUGGUCAUCCAGCCUGGUGGCGCACCAGCGGGUUCACACCGGGGAGAGGCCGUUCACCUGCUCCGAGUGCGGGAAAGGAUUCACUCAGUCCUCCAACCUGCUCAGACACCAGCGGGUUCACACCGGGGAGAAGCCCUUCACCUGCUCCGAGUGUGGGAAGGGAUUCACCCGCUCAUCCAACCUGGAGAUACACCAGCGGAUGCACAGGGGGGAGAGGCUGUUCGCCUGCUUUGAGUGCGGUAAGAGAUUCAGCGAGUCUUGUAACUUGAGGAGACAUCAGCGGGUCCACACCGGGGAGAGGCCGUUCACCUGCCCCGAGUGCGGGAAGGAAUUCAGUGAGCGAUCAAACAUGCUGAAGCACCAGCGAAUUCACAACAGCGACCGGCCAUUCGUCUGCCCCGAGUGCGGGAAGGGGUUCACUCAGUCCUCCCACUUGCUGACACACCAGCGGGUUCACACCGGGGAGAGGCCGUUCAUCUGCCCCGAGUGUGGGAAGGGAUUCACCCAGUCGUCCCACUUGUUGACACACCAGCGAGAACACACCGGGGAGAAGCCGUUCAUCUGCUCCGAGUGCGGGAAGGGGUUCACCCAGUCAUCCUCCAUGUUGAAACACCAGCGAGUUCACACUGAGAGCAAACUUUAAGUGUGCCAUAUGUGGAAUAUUUAAACACCGCACUCACCGAAACACCAUGAGGCGCUGGAGUCUGUGGUUAUUCCAAUAACAAAUCAGAACAGGGCCUGGUUAUUGUUUUUCAAGCUGCAGUUUGUUUCUGCUGAUGUUAAUACCCCCAUGAAAGGAUUUGAUUUUAAUAUGACAAAUAAAUCAGUUCUG